GAUCGUUUUCUUGUCGCCUAGAUACAAUUUUAUGAUUUCUCAGGAAACUGGUCAAAUAGCACAAUGGUAUGUUCGCCUUUCAUAUGCAUAUAUAGCGUGUUUAUUGAGUAAAAAUAUCUCCAUUAUUGUCCUCCAUGUGCAUUACCACAUAUAACGGGUUCAUCGAUGGAGCACUUCCACCCUCAGAAUCCACUACGUCCCGUGGCUUGUGUGCUGAGACUAGUAUUGCCAAAAUCACCACUUCCAUCUGCUUCCCCUCCAAGCCAUCACUAAAUUCACGGAUUCACUUUUGCUCACUCUAAAACGAUUCUCAAUGUUGUUUUCACCUACCUUGUCUCUAUGUUUCUCGCUGAUACAUACUGACCUACAAAUACAGGCAGGAAAUCAGCCAAGACAGCUCACGGCGCCUUAUCCGGAAGUUGGCCCACCAUGCAUCCCUGGAGAUAUUACGAGUCACUCAAUUGGACAGUGCUGCGCCGUCUGCAAAGGAAUGAAGAUGCCCUGGGGCGGUUUUAUGCCAAUUUCCCGAUAUAAGGGUAUGCCAGUUUCCCUGGGGCGAAAAGGCACAGUCUUGCAAGCAGUCCAAGUCGCUAAUUCCCAUGAGAUGAGUUUGGUCGCCAUGGCCACAUGGGCAGCUGUGGAAAACAAGUGGAAAGAGGCUGUCAAAAUUAAUCCUGCGAUCGAACAAGGACGGAUAAAGGCUGCUGCUCAUGCUGUUGCAGGUAUCUCUUUUGCAGCCAUGGCGUCGGCUGACUUUCAAGAAAGAGGCUUAGUGAGAUGGUGGAACAUAUUGCACGAAGCUUUGUUGAAACCCGAUUGGACAGUGGCCAGAUUCAAAGCACGAUAUCGCAGACCUGAGGCAAUACCAACAGCAUCUAAGGUUAGCUCCAGAGGCAACGAACUGACUACCUUACCCAUUGCAGAUGAUGAUUCGGAACAGAAAGAUGAUAACCUUGGCUAUGACAACACCGAUAACGUAGCAAAGGGUAAAAAGCUUUUGUUCCUCAGUCGCGAUGAAGCCGAUGAGGACGAUGUAGAAGACAAUAAUGAUGUUGCAUACGGAGAUGAAAUUGGGGGUUCCAAAACCAAACGCGAGACAUCUCGUUGGCAAUUUGCCUCAGGACAAGAUUUGAAGCCUGCUUGUUGUGCUACACCAGACACGUCAAAGUUUUUCAUGUUGCGUCAGCUUCGCAAGGACCCAAGCGUCAUAAACGUCAGAGAGUAUCCACAUAUCGCUGGUUUUGAUUGGAGUGAUAAGCAGGCCAUCCAUGCCUUGAAUAGAGCAAGAAAUCAAAUCAUCCUGCGAACUGAUGGACCAAAGACCCCACCUCGAUUAGCUUGGUCGCAAGUUGAGAAGGAUCUCUUGAGACAUCAAGUAAUCAAAGGUCUCAAACAUGACUACACAAAGCAUAAUAUGCCAUGGGAGCAAGUUGCUCACAAUAUCAACGUCGAUUUGGAAAAAGUCACACAAAAACAAGGCUCCGCACUUGCCAUAGCGAGUAAAUGGAACACUGAGACGCAACGAAUUGAUUAUCAAACCAAAAGAUAUUGCGCGAUGAAAAAAGAUCGAACCGGUUCCGAUCGGAAUGCAUCUGGCUGUAUGCACCAGGCUGCUAAGUUUGGUGAUAUCGACCUAUUACUUCGGAACAGCAUAGAAACCCCCAGCAAGCGCAAAUCUAUAGACGAGAUACUUAAGAUGAUUCAUGAUGGCCACCAAGGUCCUCCUUCAAUUUCCGACGUUGGCACGAUUACUCGUGCCGCGGGCGAUACUGAAAUUCAAAUGAUGGACGAGGAAGAGUAUUUAGAUGCUGAAUCUUCCACACGAAUUGAUAACAUGGAGGUGGAUGGUGCUGAUGACUCUUGGGACAAUCAACCGCUCAUGAAGCAUAGCAAAUCAGGCCAAGCGGGCGGCAAGAAACCCUCGGGUAAUGUUCAUCCUAUGACACGUAGAAAUUCGGAGAAGAGUCAAUGAGCAUAUCAAGUCAGUACGAUACAUUGCGGGCCUUUCUCAUUCGAUGGUCAUUUAGUUUCAUGCUAGAACUUUCACUGCGCUUUCUUUCAUUCGUUCACUCCUGGAUAUCUGCAACAAUGGGACCGCCACACUGAGGAUCUUGAGUGUAUUCGACAUAAAAGCUUCCGUUGCGAUUAUUUUGGGCUUUAUUCGUUUGUUUUCUUGAAUUUUGCUACUUUGGAGGACUUAAUUGGGUAUGAUGAGAUCGGUCUAACGAUGAGACAGUGCAGACAUGUACAGAAAUGUGUUUAAUAGUAGUUGAGCGCUGUGAAGUUCUCCAUUAGUGUAGGGUUGAAUUUUUCUGCCAGAACUUGCAGAUAGAUAUAUGGUGAAGCAUUUGAGCGGUCGAAUUACUACUAUUCAUCGCGAGGAAUUAAUAUCGUAGGUAGUUUGAAUUCAAAACAGAAAAUGUGGUUCAGUCGGUCUCGAAUUCAAAAGACAGGAUUCAGUCAAUGAUCGAAUUGAGAAUGAAUGCCCA